ACGUAUCAGUGCGUUUUGUCAUCGCUCCGCCCUCGCGCGCCAUUUUCUCGUCGCACAUCUUUCAAACCAAAACAUUCGGCAUUUUAACGUUUUAUUUCUUGUUUUUGUUUGCUUGUUUUGGAUAUUCCGGAAAAAAGUUGCUUGGUAGGUAGAUGACCUGAAAAUGAGUGACGUCGACGAGGGAGGUAACGAAAGACGGGGGUUUCGCUUGUCAUCUAAAUCCGAACACGGAAGUACAACUCAGGCCAAAUCGGAGAGCAGCUCAGGCUCCACGAGUCCAUCCCGAGAAUCCAAGCAUUCAGAAUCCAGAUCCCGCUCUCAAUCAAAAUCAGGCUCUAGUUCGAAGCACGUUUCUGUCCGACAUGUUAGUCGUUCACCCUCUCCAUCUCAUCCCUGCCGACGGAGAUCUCGAUCUCAUUCCAACAGACCCCACUCCCGCCGCAGGAAGAGCCGCAGCACUUCGCCCAUCUCAAACCGCAGCCCCAAGUCUCGGCUCAGAAGCCAUGAAGCCAAAGAAGCAAACAGCCACGGCGGGCUAGUCGAUAGGGCAAACCCCGAUCCCAGCAAAUGUUUGGGAGUAUUUGGCCUGAGCUUGGAGACCACAGCGCGAGACCUGAGGCACGUGUUUUCACAGUACGGUCGUCUGACUGCCGUCGACGUGGUGUUCCACCAGCGCUCGGGCCGCUCGCGAGGAUAUGCCUUCGUUUACUUUGAGAGACUCGAAGAUUCAAAGGAGGCAAUGGAGAGAGCCAACGGAAUGGAGAUCGACGGGAGGGUAAUCAGAGUAGAUUACUCCAUUACCAAGCGUGCCCACACCCCCACACCUGGAAUUUACAUGGGUAAACAAGCUAUAGAGGAUGACGACGAUGAUGGCGGCGGUGGUGGAGUUUGCCGUCGGAGCAGGGGUUCUUAUAGCGUUCGAGGCUAUGAACGAUGCUACGAGCGAAGCUACGACCGAGGCUAUGACCGUGGUUACGACCGGAGCUACGAACGUCGUUACGACCGGAGCUACGACAGGGGCUACGGCCGAUACGACAGCUACGAAGAGCACGACUACAGAUACAACGGACGCAGGCGCUCCCCAUCACCGGACUACGGGAGAUACAGAAAUUCCUCUUGGUCUCAUUCCUACAACCAAAGGCGCUACUGAGGUGCUGCAGCUGAUAUGAUCUUGCAGAGGGUGGUUUUAACUUACAAAUCUCUCAACUUCCACGGACUCAAAACUAUUUUUUUAAUUGUUGCCAUUCACCCCCCCCCCUUUUUUUUUUAUUCUGAUCUUCACUGUUAGACAGUGGGAAUUGGAUCUUCUGGUAAGUACCAUGUAGAGUCAGCGUAAAUCUCUGCUGACAUUUCUUAAGGUCAUCAUUUGAGUUUUAUGAUCAAACUGCCUUUUUGUUGUUUUGUUUUUUGGGUGGGGGCGCUAUAUAUGGAAAUACAACUAUGAACUCUGAAAA